GUUCCUGCUUUUUGUCCAACAAGUUUGAUCCACCUUCCACCACCAGGUCGUAGACUUUGCAUUCAUCAAUAUUAAUGCUCAGCAUACAACUUUAUAAAAGCUUUUGAACAUUAUGUAGAGUAGUAUAAACCAAGUAGGCCGUGGAAAAUAUUGAAAGGUUUUCUGCGUGUAAACAUCAAUCAUACGGUUUUCACCAUCGACCAUGAGUGCAAAGAAAAAGUGGGUUAUAUCAUCGCAAAAACAUUACUCGCCAUCCGAAGACAAAAGUUCUUUUACAAAAAACGCAUUUGGAUUUCACUCGAAAAAGUUUCAAAAGUCCCCUCUUAGGGAAAAUAUUGAAGAUAUUGAAGACCAAGACGAAAUUCUACUUACCUCCAUACGAGGAUCCUCGACAUCUAAAAAGCAAAAAAGGGAGCAGUUUCACGAUGAUAUUCAAGAAUUUUCGUCUGAAGAAGAGCCGACUUCCGUUCCUUUAGGUAGCCAUGAUUUCCGAUAUUCAUCAACAAUUGCAAACCCAAGUCUCCAUUCUCCCUCCUCUGCUCUCACUUCCAAAGCCUUCGCGUUCCAAUCCCCCACAUCUGUGAAACGAGACCAGGCUCUCGAAAAGUCUCCUGUAUCUGUGCAUCUAGCAAAGUUUUCUGCAGCAGCUACCGGAACGCCUCCUCCCAAACCAGAUUUUACAAACCGCUCACCUUUCUUAGAUAAAAAGAAGAAAGAGUUUUCCUUAUCGGAAUGCACAAAGGCACUAGAAAGCCGCUAUGUGGCACGCAUACAGCAUCGCGAUUUUCAACAGCUAAACUUUGCCUCUCAAAAUGUUAGGGAUCAGUAUACCAACCUGUUGUUGGUAGAGGAGAAUCCAGCAUCCGAUUCACGAAAAAACUAUCUACUAUGCAAGAAGUCAACCGUCGAACUGGAUCGAUUACAUUCGUUUUCCUUGCCUCCUCCCGUGUAUAGAUACCAGAAUGAUUGUAUUGAUGUAUCGAUAAUUCCUUGUUAAAGCCAAUAUCUGUACCAUAGAUAGUUUUGGGUUGGCUCUCUUCAAUCAUUUCUUAGCUUCCUGCUACCCCAGAGAUCUCCUUCUAUGCCAGUCAAGUAAUUUUAUGUGGAUUUUAUCCGAAUGCUCUAAUGAUGUUUGUUCCCUUUGUCCUGCCUGUCUAAAUCGCGACAAUAGCGUUACAUAUGCUACAUAAUUCUUCUAACAGUUUCGUCUACAUACUAAAUACUUCCAUGAAUUCUUAUUAUCUUCUUCCUAUUUAUUUACAGUUCUUAUAAAAUAAAAUGAAAUAAAC